AUGUUUGAUCUUUUUGUGGGCGCAGAUCCAGUUCCAGCAGCCGCUCCAGAAUGUCAGACACAACCUUGCAUUGAAGCAGCAAAAUCAAUUAAAGAGUUUGCUGACUUCAACGCUGAUCCGUGCGACGACUUUUAUCAAUACGCAUGCGGGAACUGGCUUAAAAGCAAUCCUACCAUACCUGACGACAAAACCCGUACCGGUACUCUGACCACCAUCGAUGACGAGAAUAAAGAUACGAUGCGCGCCAUAUACGAAGGCACUUAUGACGACCUGAUCCAAAGCAUUACAUGGCAAGAUGUUCCGAAAGAUUUCCAUGUUUCAGAACAAAAGCAAAUUGACGAGCAAAACUUUCAAAAAGUCCAAGACUACUAUAACGUAUGCAUGGACGUUGCCGCAAUUGAUGCACAAGGACCAACUCCGGCCUAUCCACUGAUUGCUAAGGUGAUGGCUGCUUUCGAAAAUGGGAAUGCUGUUGACGUCGAAGCAUUGACCGCUGCAAUAAUCGAGUUGGACAGUAACCAAGCGGCAUCCUCGCUAUUCGACACAUACAUCGAUGCCGACGAUAAGCAGCCUGAUAUCUACGCCAUCAAGUUGAGCCAGCCUAGUCUAACGCUUCCCAAAGCGUAUUACGCCCAGCCAGACGGUCUUGAAAUUUAUCGCCAAAGCAUGGUUGACUUAUUGGAUAAGGCAUUGGGUGGCGGAGCUGUUGGCACCAGCAGUGGCAGUAGUAGUGUCGGCGGGAUUGCUGCACUCAAAUCGCAGAAGGCGCAAGAGGCAAACCUAAAGUUGCUUUCCAAGGCGGAAAUUAGCGCCACCGUUGAUCGCUUUAUACAAUUUGAGAAACAGUUGGCCUCCAUUAGUUUGGAUCCAGAUCGGCUUCAAGAUCCUCGACAACUGUAUAACCCUAUGCCCUUGGCCGAUCUGCAAGCCAAAUACCCCUUGAUUGAUUGGAAGAAUUACUUUGAGUCGCUGACGGCGCCAGGAUCAUCUGCACCAGACUACGCCAUCGUACAAACCCCCUCAUACUUUGCAAAUCUGACUUCCCUGCUUCAGAAGAGUUCAUCAGCUACAACAGCGAGCACUGAUGGCGCCAAUCAGCAACAACAACAGCAGAACGCCAACAUGGAUCAAGCCAUCAAAGACUAUUUUAUGGUUAAAACGCUUCUAAAAUGGCUCUAUGCUCUUGAUUCGGAUUCACGAGACGCAUGGCAGCCUGUAUACACGAAAUUGCUGGGUGGCACAACAGCCAUUCCUCCUCGAUACCGCACCUGUGUUAGCUACACAGAUGGCUCGCUCGGCAUGUUGCAAGGACGUUACUUUGUCAUGCGCAAAUUUGGCGGCGAUCAAGAACGUGACCGUCUCGAAAAUAUCAUUGCCACAGUCCAUGAAACUUUGUUGAAUCUUUUGGCAGGUAGUGAAUGGCUUGACAAACAGACACUUGAGGCCGCUAUUCAAAAGGCCAACGCAAUCAAGUACAAGGUCGCUUAUAGUACCUUGUCGCCCGAUGAGCGUGUCCCGCAAGCUCUACAAGACUAUUAUAGCACCGCUACUGUUUCAAAAGAUUCGUUCAUGGCAACUGAGCUGAGCAUCACGGCAUGGCAGGUCAAUAUGAUGCGCUCCAAGAUUGAUAAACCGCUAGACAAGAAUGAGUGGCAUAUGACUGCAGAUACGGUAAACGCAUACUAUAACCCAUCGGUGAAUGAGAUCGCAGUACUGGCCGGUAUUGCUCAAAGCCCUGUCUACAGCCCGGAUGUACCUGAUUAUCUCUUGUAUGGCUCAUUAGGUUUCCUCAUUGGUCAUGAGCUUACUCAUGCAUUUGAUCGAAGUGGUCGGCUAUACGAUCCUGAUGGCAAAUUGAAUGACUGGUGGUCAGCCGCAACAGCACAACAUUUCGAGGAGAGAUCGCAAUGUUUUAUCGAGCAGUACAAUGGAUUCUCGUUCCAAGGACCCAACAAUAAGACAGUUCAUCUAAACGGAAAGUUGAGCCUAGGUGAGAACAUGGCCGAUAAUGGAGGUGUUGUCGCAGCAUACACUGCUUUUGAGCAAUUGUGGACUGGUGGCCCGCUAGCUAGUGGUCAACCGCAACCAAAGCACGAGAGAUUGCCUGGAAUCAAUCUAUCACCAGAAGCCUUGUUCUUUGUCAGUUUUGCUAGGGACUGGUGCAGUAUGCGACGGCCGGAAUCUUCCUUUGUAUUGGCAACCACGGAUCCGCAUGCCUUGGAACGUUUCAGAGUUAUUGGUCCUCUCCAAAAUAAUCCAAAGUUUUCAGAAGCUUUUCAAUGUCCAUCUGGAAGCUACAUGAAUCCGCAAAAGAAGUGUACUCUUUGGUGAACCCUUUGAGCUUGUACAAGCCGUAGUAUAAUUUCCCAUUAACACAAACCAG